AUGAGGGCGCGCAGCCUGGCCCUAGGCUUCCUGCUGCUCUCUCUGGCGCAGGUGUUGUCCCAGUCUUGUGUUUGGUAUGGAGAGUGUGGGAUUGCAUCCGGAGAUAAGAGAUACAAUUGCAAAUAUUCGGGGCCACCAAAACCGUUGCCAAAGGAUGGGUAUGACUUAGUGCAGGAGCUCUGCCCGGGAUUCUUCUUUGACAAUGUCAGUCUUUGUUGUGAUGUGCAGCAGCUUCGGACACUGAAAGACAACCUGCAGCUGCCUCUCCAGUUUCUGUCCAGAUGUCCAUCCUGUUUUUAUAACCUAAUGAACCUGUUUUGUGAGCUGACUUGUAGCCCUCAACAGAGUCAGUUUCUGAAUGUUACAGCAACUGAAGAUUAUGUUGAUCCUGUUACAAACCAGACAAAAACCAACGUAAAAGAAUUACAGUACUGUAUUGGAGAGAGCUUUGCCAACGCCAUGUACAACGCCUGCCGGGAUGUGGAGGCUCCCUCGAGUAAUGACAAAGCCUUGGGACUGCUGUGUGGAAAGGAUGCUGAGGCCUGCAAUGCCACCAACUGGAUUGAGUACAUGUUCAACAAGGACAACGGACAGGCUCCGUUUACCAUCACACCCAUAUUUUCAGACUUCUCCGUGUUUGGGAUGGAGCCCAUGAACAAUGCCACCAAAGGCUGUGAUGAGUCUGUGGACGAGGUCACGGGGCCCUGCAGCUGUCAGGACUGCUCAGCUGUCUGUGGCCCCAAGCCCCAGCCCCCGCCCCCUCCUGCUCCUUGGAUCAUCUUUGGCUUGGAUGCCAUGUAUGUCAUCAUGUGGAUCACCUACAUGGCGUUUUUGCUUAUUUUUUUUGGAGCGUUUUUUGCAGUGUGGUGCUACAGAAAACGGUAUUUUGUCUCUGAGUAUACCCCCAUCGACAGCAACAUAGCUUAUUCUGUCAAUGCCAGUGACAAAGGAGAGGCAUCCUGCUGCCACCAAGUUGGUGCAGCCUUUGAGGGCUGCUUGAGGCGGCUGUUCACACAGUGGGGGGCUUUCUGCAUCCGAAACCCCACCUGCAUCAUCUUCUUCUCCCUGGUCUUCAUUGGCGUAUGCUCUUUGGGCCUGAUGUUUGUGCGAAUCACAACCAAUCCCGUCGACCUCUGGUCAGCCCCCAGCAGCCAGGCACGUCGAGAGAAGGAGUAUUUUGACACGCACUUUGGGCCUUUCUUCCGCACGGAGCAGCUCAUCAUCCGGGCCCCCAACACCCAAAAGCACACCUACCAGCCAUACCCCUCGGGGGCUGACGUGCCUUUUGGACCUCCACUUGACAUAGAGAUUUUGCAUCAGGUUCUUGACUUACAGACAGCCAUUGAAAACAUCACUGCAUCGUAUAACAACAAGACUGUGACCCUUCAGGACCUCUGCUUGGCCCCACUCUCACCAUAUAACCGGAACUGCACGAUUAUGAGUGUGCUAAAUUACUUCCAGAACAGCCAUUCUGUGCUGGACCACAAAAUAGGGGACUUCUUCUAUACAUAUGCCGAUUACCAUACACACUUUCUGUACUGUGUGCGGGCCCCCGCCUCUCUGAAUGACACAAGUGUGCUGCACGAUCCCUGUCUGGGUACGUUUGGUGGACCUGUGUUCCCAUGGCUUGUGUUAGGAGGCUAUGAUGAUCAAAACUACAAUAAUGCCACUGCCCUUGUGAUCACCUUUCCUGUCAACAAUCACUACAAUGACACAGAGAAGCUGCAGAGGGCUCAGGCCUGGGAAAGAGAGUUUAUUAAAUUUGUGAAAAAGUACAAGAACCCCAACCUGACCAUCUCUUUCACGGCUGAGCGAAGUAUUGAAGAUGAGCUCAACCGGGAAAGUAAGAGUGACGUCUUUACUGUGGUCAUUAGCUAUGCCAUCAUGUUCUCAUAUAUUUCCAUCGCCUUGGGGCACAUCAAAAGCUGUAACCGACUUCUGGUGGACUCUAAGAUCUCCCUGGGCAUCACCGGUAUCCUGAUUGUCCUCAGCUCGGUGGCAUGCUCCUUGGGCAUCUUCAGCUACGUGGGGAUCCCCCUCACCCUCAUUGUGAUCGAGGUCAUCCCGUUUCUGGUGCUGGCUGUGGGGGUGGACAACAUCUUCAUUCUGGUCCAGACCUACCAGAGAGAUGAACGUCUUCAAGGGGAAACACUGGAUCAGCAAGUGGGCAGGGUGCUAGGAGAAGUGGCUCCUAGUAUGUUCCUGUCAUCCUUUUCAGAGACUGUAGCAUUUUUCUUAGGAGCCUUGUCACUGAUGCCAGCCGUUCAUACUUUCUCUCUGUUUGCGGGAAUGGCCAUCUUCAUCGACUUCCUCCUUCAGAUCACGUUGUUUGUGAGUCUCUUGGGCUUAGACAUUAAGCGUCAAGAGAAAAACCGGCUGGACAUCCUUUGCUGUGUUAGAGGUCCUGACGAUGAAGCAAGCAGCCAGCCUUCUGAGAGCUACUUGUUUCGCUUCUUUAAAAACUCCUAUUCCCCACUUCUACUUAAUGACUGGAUGCGACCAAUUGUGAUUGCGAUUUUUGUGGGGUUUCUGUCAUUCAGUAUUGCAGUGCUGAACAAAGUGGAAAUUGGAUUGGACCAGUCUCUGUCGAUGCCCGAUGAUUCCUAUGUAAUGGAUUACUUCAAGUCCCUCAGUCAGUACCUCCAUGCGGGUCCUCCAGUCUACUUUGUGCUGGAGGAGGGACAUGAUUACACAUCUCAGAGUGGACAAAACAUGGUGUGUGGUGGCAUGGGGUGCAACAACAAUUCCCUGGUCCAGCAGUUAUUUAAUGCCGCCGAGCUAGAUAACUACUCCCGGAUAGGCUUUGCACCCUCGUCUUGGAUUGACGACUACUUUGACUGGAUUAAGCCUCAGUCGUCUUGUUGCAGAGUCUUCAAUACCUCAGAGCAGUUCUGCAAUGCUUCAGUAGUCGACCCUGCCUGCGUGCGCUGCCGGCCGCUCACCCCAGAGGGCAAACAGCGGCCCCAGGGUAAAGACUUCAUGAAAUUCCUACCCAUGUUCCUUUCUGACAACCCCAACCCCAAGUGCGGCAAAGGGGGGCAUGCUGCGUACAGCUCAGCAGUUAACAUCCUUGGCAAUAACACUCGGGUCGGAGCCACCUACUUCAUGACCUACCACACUGUGCUUCAGACCUCUGCCGACUUCAUUGAUGCUAUGAAGAAAGCCCGGCUGGUAGCUGGUAACAUCACCGAAACCAUGGGCAUUAAAGGAAGCAAUUACCGUGUGUUCCCGUACAGUGUGUUCUACGUCUUCUAUGAGCAGUACUUGACCAUCAUUGAUGACACCAUCUUUAACCUCGGUGUGUCCCUGGGAGCAAUAUUUUUGGUGACCUUUGUUCUCCUGGGCUGUGAGCUGUGGUCUGCAGUGAUCAUGUGUGUCACCAUCGCAAUGAUCUUGGUCAACAUGUUUGGGGUUAUGUGGCUGUGGAACAUCAGUCUGAAUGCUGUGUCCUUGGUCAACUUGGUUAUGAGCUGUGGCAUCUCUGUGGAGUUCUGCAGCCACAUCACGAGGGCUUUCACCGUCAGCACCAAGGGCAGCCGCGUGGGCCGUGCCCAGGAAGCGCUCUCGAACAUGGGCAGCUCUGUCUUCAGUGGAAUCACACUAACAAAAUUUGGUGGGAUUGUGGUGUUGGCCUUUGCCAAAUCUCGGAUUUUUCAGAUAUUUUACUUCAGGAUGUACUUAGCUAUGGUCUUACUGGGAGCCACUCAUGGAUUAAUAUUCCUCCCUGUCUUGCUCAGUUAUAUAGGACCGUCAAUAAAUAAAGCCAAAAGUAGCAAAGCCCAAGAGCGAUACAAAGGCACAGAGCGAGAACGACUCCUCAAUUUCUAG